AUCUCAAGUUACAUCUGUUCUCAUUCUCACUCUUUAAGAAUAUAUCAAAAAAUUUCAGAAGCUUUUCAAUAAUUUUCUCGAGCUAUGACCGCCCAGAAAUCUGUGUUGCAAUUGAGUGUUCACGAGGAAAGAAUCAGGAAGAAUGUGUGGGCGACCGUUUCUAAAUUUUCAGGGGUUACUACUUCGAUAGCAAUGGAUGACAAAACCGGGAAAAUGACGGUAGUUGGUGAAGUUGAUGUACCGGUUAUCGUGAAGAAGCUAAGGAAGAUAUGUAAUGCAGAGCUUGUUACGGUUGAAGUUGUUAAACCACCUGAGAAAAAGCCUGAACCGGAGAAACCGACUCCAGAUAAACCGGCCGAAAUUGUUGCCUUUCCGGUUACGCAGUUUAACAACCCGUACCAAUAUCAUUAUUCCUAUGCAAAUUCUUACUAUCAACCAUGCGAUAAUUACAGAGUUGUGGUCGAGGAACCAAAUACUUGUGUGGUUAUGUAAUUUUCUACUUCUCUUUCAAUAAAUUCAGUUUUGGUCUAUGGAACACUUAAUUUUUAGGGAAGAGUGUAUUUUUGGGUUACUGUUAUAUAAGUUUUCUUGUUUGAGUUUAUUUAUCACCACGC